AAAAGAGACCCAUCGAGCAGCCUCACAGCAUCCUCCCAGCGCUGAAGAGACCACAUCAUGUCCUGCCCCUGGGCUGGGAUCCUGCUCCUCGCCCUGCAGGUGGCUGCUUCCCAGGAGCAGCAGUGGCUGCAGCAAAACCCAGCAGAGAUCUGGACGACCUCAGGACAGACUGUGCAGAUGGACUGCACUGUUUUGUAUGAAGACUAUCUUGUAUCCUGGUACAAAGAGCGUCAGGACAGCAGUCUGCAGUGGGUUGCCCAGACUGGUAAAUCUGUACCUGCAAAAGGAAGAUACUCAAGUAAAGUGAGCAGUGCAGGGAAAACAGUUUCUCUAGUCAUCAGGGAUCUGCAGGAGGAGGAUUCUGGGCUCUAUUACUGUGCUGUUGAUGUCUAUGCAUAUGCUGGCUUUGGGAAUGGGACCAGGUUGAUCAUCUCUGAUGCCGCCCAACCCAGCCUUGCCAUCAUGGCACCUUCCCCCAAGGAGGAAACCGAGAUCCCAGACCCCGUCCCCCUGCUCUGCCUGCUCUCCCCACAGGCUCGGGGUUGGGGGGCACCGCUCUGGGACCUCGGGGAGGGGUCUCCAGGACAGGCAGAUGCAGGAGCCCAGGAUGGUGAAGGUGCAUGGAGCCUGACAACAGUCCCCAAAGAGAAGUGGGACACGGGGACGUGCUGCACCUGCACCGCCAGACAGGAGGGAACAAGGAGAAACAUCAGCGCUGCCAUGCCCAAGGGCCUGGGCACCAUGUCAGUGGGGCCCUGCUGGGUUGUGCACUGGGUGGGGCUGCCCUGCGUCUGCCUCCUCCUGCUGAUCCAGGGCCUCAUCCUGCUCUCCACCAAAUGCCCCCACACAGCAGGGAGAGCGGCAGCAACGAAGAAAGACGUGCACCUGAGGCAGAGCCCGGAGACAGAAUAUGCAGUUGUGAGCCAUGGCAGCAGAAAUGUUCCUGUGUGACUGAUGUAUUCACAUGUUCAGCCUUAAAAUAAAAACUCUGGGAGCAUGCGUGU